AUGAGGAGCUUUGCUUACGAUCCGGUGCUCGCCCACCGACCAAAUUUUGCAAAAUCCCUACCCGUUCAAGUCCUCUUGCUCGGGAUCGUCAUGACCCUCGUCGUCGUUCUCAUUAUCCACCUCGCAUUCACUGCACAAUACCACUGGCCUCUGGCACCGGUCAACUACGUCCUCCAAAUGUCCGCCGUUAUCACCCUCCUCAUUUCCUGCAUCGCAACGCUCCACGUCGUGCUCUCCAGCACAAUCGACCAGAGUAUGACCUGGCCGUACAUGCUCGACUAUGUUGCGGUUGACAUGCCGCCCUUCUCCGACACCAACGAUGGAUGGACGAUGAGCGAGUUGAUCGCAUGGCUGUUGAUGAACGCGACCACAUCCGGUCUCAUUCAGAUCACACACAUCCAGUUCCUCACCUUGCUUUUUCCUUCGGUGCUCGAGAAACGCUUGAUAUUCUGUCUCCUGGGCCCCCUCGCCAUCGUCUCCUCUAUCAUGCAAAUUUUGCGAGUCACCGAUGGCGAACAAAUCAACAAGCUAGCUGCAGCGGCGCAGAACAUCUGCAACGCAACAUUAUCGCUUCUCUUCACCGCUGCCCUCGUCCUCUGGGGCUGCGUGGUCAACCGGGGCGACGCAUGGCGCACCGACGGAGGGACAGCAGCGUUUGGGAUCGGAGCUCUCACACUCGCCUUCAUCUCCACCGCCCUCACCUUCCUAUACAUCCCGAGCCGCGACCAGUACCCAUGGAUGCCGGCACUCACAUGGGCUGUCAUCCUCUGGCAGAGCUUCCUCGGCUGGUGGUGGUGGGUCGGCGCGGGCAUGGGCGUCGGCGAGAUCGAAGAACUCCUCCGGCGUGAGGAGAAGCGUCAAACGAAACGCCGCCUCCGUCUCGCCAAGCGCAACUCUCGUAAGGAGCGCGCCCAGACCCUCUGGAAGGGCGUCACCGGCGCCUUCACGCGCACACACUCCGACGCCCGCGCGCACGCCUCUGACACCAGCGGCACCGACGGCGACUCCUCCGACGGCACGACGGUCGACGACGUCCGCCCCUCGCGCUCGCACAGCACUCGGUCCACCGGCGCGGAGGAGACCGCGUCGCGCAUGGACGAAAGCACGCGGCGCGCGCCUUCGGACCAGUCGGACGAAGGCUCGGCAAGCACAAGCGGUGGACGCGUGACCCGCUUCCUGAACCAAUACCGCCCCGGCCGUUUCCUCUAUGGCUGGUACCUCGGCCUCCGACACGCGCACCUCGCCGCGGCGCGCGAGCAGGCCGUCGAACGCGUCGAGCGCAUCAACCAGGCCUACGGUCCUGAAGCCGCCGCGGCGCACGAGAACGGCGCGGUGGUGCCGACGUUUGGGUGGGGGCUCGGGAGCUUCGGCGUCCAGCGGCAGCGGCGACGAGAGUGGGAGCAACGCGAGCGCGAGGAGGCGGCGUGGAAAGAGUACGAGAUGGAUGAGUUCUCGGACACGGAGGAGCGGGAGGAGCUGAGAGAUGGGCCCAGACAGCGAAGGAGGACACCGCAAAGAGCGGUGGGGGGCUUAGGCGCGGGACUAGGUGCAGAGCGGAGGAUGGACGAGGACAGUCACCGACCGGGGUCCGUGUGGUGGUGGGGGCCGUUGCAGCGGUGGAGGCUGCAGGACUCGACGGACUAUCGUUCAUAG